AUGGCCAGACAUGAUCUGCCUCCCGGAGGCGGCGCUCUCUUACUUGCCUGGCAACUCAAAGACAAACGCGUACUUAUUGUUGGCGGCGGUGAUGUUGCUUCGGGACGUAUCAGAUCUGUCCUUGAUGCAGAUGCUUACAUUACACUCAUUGCUCCUCGCACUGGCCUGCAUCCGCUCACUAAAUUCUACAUCGAGAAUUCAGACCGUAUAACAUAUCGCGAUCGUGCUUUCUCUGGCCCGGCCGACCUUGAAGGUGUCGACAUGGUUCUCUCCGCUAUUGACGACGUCGACUGGAGCAAGCGCAUAUGUGACUUGUGCAGAGAACGCAGAAUCCCAGUAAACGUCGCCGACAUCCCUCCCAGCUGUGAUUUCUACUUCGGAGCACAAAUACGCAAGGGGCCAUUGCAAAUUUUAAUAUCGACGAACGGCAAUGGCCCAAAACUAGCUGGUAUUAUCAAGUCGAGGAUAGAAGACAGCCUUCCAGAAAACGUCGAUAAGGCUAUCGGGAACGUCGGGGUACUGAGGGCCAAGCUCAAGGAUCGAGCUCCGGGAGUAGGCGGGGAGGUUAGUAAGAGGAGAAUGCAAUGGAUGUCAUCUCUGUGCACGGAAUGGAAACUCGAUGAAUUAGCGGAGCUCGACGAGGCUACAAUGGAGAAAUUAUUGACAGAGGGCUGGGAAUACAACACCCUUCCAAUACCAAACCGAACAGAACACGAGAGCAAAAUAUUUGCGUCCGCUUCUCCACUUCCGCGCAGACCGUUCGUGAUUUGA